CCGAUUUAAUUUUACAAAAUUGGAAGAAUAUUUUGCUCUACACUCCAAAUCAGCUGAAAACCCCAGUAAAUCCUAGAACAAACACCCUGUAAUCCCCUUCAAAUUUUAGUUCAUCCCCCCUGUGCACAUUAAAAAGCGGGAUUUUCGGGUUAGAAAGUUGCAUUUUUUUUUCCUGUCAGAAGCAGCUAUUUUAAUGGCGGCGGCCGCCUGUUCGCCUGAAUCCCCGCCUACCGACUACGGGUUUGCCUUUGACGAGGCCAAUUUCUCGGAUAGGGUUAUGCGCAUCGAGAUCUUACCCGAUUUACCGCGAUCCAAACCCGACCCGGAUGAGAACGACGGUGAUUGGGCCCCCAGCCGGAAGCGUCGCCGCGAUGACCCCCUGUCUAAUUCAAAUGACCUGGCAGAACAAAGUGAAGUACAGGUCUUGAAUAGCAGUAUGCCUGAUUUGGAAGAUGGUGUUACUUAUGAAAAUCAAGAGGAAGCUGUUCCAAUGAUUGAAGAGUUACCUGUGGUUGAAGAAAUGACUCUGAACCAACCCAAUGGGACUGAUUCCUGCUGCCUUGCAGGUCCUGAAGUUACUAAGGACAGUGAGCCAUCAUCUAGCACGGAAUAUUUACCAGUUCAAGUUAGGACUGUACACAUUAGCUCUCCGAUCUUGGCUGCAAGGAGUCCCUUCUUUUAUAAGUUGUUUUCAAAUGGAAUGAGGGAGUCGGAGCAGCGACAUGUAACUUUACGAAUUCAAGUCUCAGAGGAAGCUGCCCUCAUGGAUUUGCUAAACUUCAUGUAUAGCAAUACGUUACAAAGAACUACACCAACUGCAUUAUUGGAUGUAUUGAUGGCGGCUGAUAAAUACGAGGUUGCAUCAUGUAUGAGAUAUUGCAGCCGAUUACUGCGCAGCUUGCCAAUGACUUGUCAAUCAGCCCUGCUUUACUUGGAUCUUCCUUCAACUGUUUUAAUGGCUGAUACAGUUCAGCAACUAAGGGAUGCUGCCAAACAGUUUCUUGCUGCCCACUUCAAGGACUUAAUCAAGUAUCAGGAAGAGGUUAUAAGACUGCCUUUAGCUGGUUUCGAGGCAGUUUUAUCUAGUGAUGAUUUGCAGGUGCCCUCAGAGGAUGCCAUUUAUGAUAUUGUGUUGAAGUGGGCCCGAGUACAUUACUCAAAGCUGGAGGAACGACGAGAGGUCUUGAGCAACCGUCUAAUACGUUUGAUUCGUUUUUCAUGUAUGACUAGCAGAAAGCUAAGGAAAGUCCUAAUUUGUGGUGACAUUGACCCCAUAUUGGCAUCCAAAGUCGUUCUUGAGGCUCUCUUUUUCAAGGCUGAAACUCCUCAUCGGCAGCGCUCUCUUGUGGCAGAGGAUGCCAAUGCUUCAUACCAUCGACUCGUGGAGAGGUCAUAUAAAUACCGGUCAGUAAAGGUGGUUGAAUUCGAAUCACCUAGGAAGCAGUGCAUAGUCUACCUGGAUCUCAAGCGAGAUGAAUGUGCGCAGCUCUUUCCCUCUGGCCGGAUCCACUCACAGGCUUUUCACUUGGGUGGGCAAGGGUUUUUCUUGUCAGGGCAUUGCAACAUGGAUCAGAAUGGCUCUUUCCACUGCUUUGGCCUAUUUCUGGGUAUGCAAGAGAAGGGUUCAGUUUCCAUCACCGUAGACUAUGAGUUUGCAGCAAGAAUGAAGCCCUCGGAGGAUUUUGAGAGCAAGUACAAAGGGAAGUACAUGUUCUUGGGAGGAAAGGCCGUGGGCUACCGCAACCUAUUCACGACGCCGUGGACUGCGUUCAUGGCCGACGACAGCCCUUACUUCAUCAAUGGCAUUCUGCAUCUUAGGGCGGAGCUCACAAUCAAUAAAUAACAUAUGCAAGGUUUGGUGUAACAUUUUGCUAAUGAAACUCAGCCCAUGAUGUAAAUAUUCAUCGGUGUCUAAGAAAUUCUGUUUUAUGUGCAGCGGUUUGCUUGAGAAUUAAUCAAAGCUCUCAACUUUACCCUA